AAUUAAACUUAAAUUAAAAAAAGGAAUUUUAGAAACGAGAAGAAAUCGAAAGGAGCCCUUUAUCUCUCUUUCUCUUUCUCUUUGUCUCUCUUUUCUUCUCUUUGCUCUCUCAGAAUUUCUGUGAGAGAGAUCUCUCAAAUUCCUCAAAUUAGGUAUUUAAUUGCGGUUUAACCGUUGGUGGAAACUCCAGCUUUUGAUUUUCAAUUUUUUUUAGUUAAUGUUCGCAAGCAGGGAUAAUUUAUGCUAUGGGACAAAGAAAUAUGCUAUGCACUAGUCAGAUGAUUGAUCUGGAAGUGGAUCGGCAAGGCCAGGGGUAUCUACAUCCUGAGCCCUGCAUUCUUUUGGGGGGUGUAUCAAACUUUCCCCAGUCAGAUAUUCAGACAAUGGUUACAGCUUCGGGGAGUACAACUAAUAUUGAUGCCCAUCGUUUACCUGAGCAUUAUGACGGUGCUAUUUUUUAUGGGAUGCCACAGUAUCAUGGUGUUCAACAUCAUCCUCAGCAUCAUGCUCCUAAUCUUGACUUAGGUGUUGCUACUGCAUCCAAUUUCUAUGUUCCUUAUAUGACCCCAUCUUCUGGUAUUCCUUUAAGUCAUGGAUCCUGUGAUCAUUUACCAUCUUCGACCAGUUAUGGAGUCAUUGGAGUUUCUGGUGAUGAGUAUGGAAUGAACAACCAUUUCAUGGAUAAUGCCAGAGGUUCAUACAAGAGAAAGAAUGCUGAAGGUAACCCAGGGAAUUUCCAAUAUGUCAAUGCCUCUGCAGGCUCCAGUUCUUCAGUGUUAAGUACAAGACAUCCUGAUGGGAUUUCUCUGAUGGAUGCUUCAUCCUUUGCUUCACCUCAGUACAGAGGGAAUGGCAUUCUGUCAAUCAGGGAAGUGGGUUCUCAUAGAAGUGUGAGGAACAGAUCAGGUGCUACUGGUCUGGAGUCCGUUCUGGCACAUAGCCAGAAUCAUUUUAUUCAAGGGAACUACAUUGGUCAGCCCUUUCAGCCUGCUGGUUCUCUGUGGGCGGAUCAACACAGUAGUUCUAGUGAUGCGGGGACUUUAGCAUGGAACCAGAACCCAGCAAUUAAUUACAUGCAUGGGAACAAUGUAAAUGGGGGUUCUGUUGAGACUGGGAGCAUUGUUCCACAGCGGUAUCAUGAGCUAUCUAGCAACAGAAGUAACACAACCUUCUUGCACCCGUCUCCUCCCAACAUCCGACACCACAAUUUUCCUCAUCCUCUGCCACCUAUUCAAGGAAUGAGAGGCCACAAUCUUAAUGUUCCCCCUCAAGUGUCAGCUGCUUCAUUUAGAGGUCUCACAAGCUAUGCCUCACAGAGCAAUGUGAAUCCAUCUCAGGAUGGUUUGGAUAUAGGAGUAAGGCAUCCAGGCUCUGUCCAGCCAACUGGCCUUAGAAUAUAUAGGCCUCACCGUGAUGGAGUCAUACCUGAGACGACUUUAAGACACCGAAACCUUCCUCAUCUGAGAGUCCUGCCAACUGAUGGAAUAGCUGUUCUAGAGUUCCCUGACUAUUACGAAGUUGAGAAUUAUGUUGAUCAUCACAGUGAUAUGCGCUUGGAUAUAGAGGACAUGUCCUAUGAGGAGCUUCUUGCACUGGGGGAGCGCAUUGGCAGUGUGAAUACUGGAUUAUCAGAGGAAACUAUCAGAAGUCAACUAAAGACACGAAAAUAUUUAUCGUCGCGGAUGUCGAUCAAUCUGGAAGAGAUCACUUGUAUGGAUCAAGAAUUGGGUUCUUGUAUUAUAUGCCAGGAUGAGUAUAAGAGCAAAGAGAAGAUAGGAACUCUUGAUUGUGGACAUGAGUACCAUGCAGAUUGCUUAAAGAAGUGGCUGCGUGUGAAGAAUGUCUGCCCCAUCUGCAAAUCUGAAGCAUUGCCUUCUGUCAGGAAAGAUGUAUAGGAGCAGUGAUGUCACUCGAUGAAAAAAAAAAUAUAUAUAUAUAUAUAUAAAAUAGGAAAGGGAUGAUGGUUAGAUGGUGAUUCAAAGCGCUGCUGCUUGCUCUUUCUGGUAAUUAUCUGUUAUAACGGAGUUGGUACUGUGGGUAUGUAUUUUGUACAUUUUUACUUGCAGAUAUACGACUAACAGUCACACUGUCUAAAUCGUUUAUUUGUUGGCCCUCUGUAUUUAUCAAAACCUGUACAGACUUACUCAUUAUGCAUUUGCAUGCUGUGUAUUAUUAACUUUCAGUUACUGUCGUUUUCAUGUUCA